UUCCAGUCUCUCUCUACUUACUCUCUCCGAAAAGCAGCCAAAGAACCUUCUUAAUUCUGUAUAUAAUGCCACCGAGUGCUAGCGAUAAAUAAGUUUAGCUGUCGUUGAAGCCAUUUUUGAUAUAUAAAAAAACACUAUUCCACCUCACCUCAAAAGCAACACACGAACAAACUCUCUCUCUCUCUCUCUCUCUCUCUCUAUCCAAUCAAAUUCGCCGGCUAAGAGCUUUGCUUUUGAUUGGCGUGUGACUGAUCGCCAUGGGCUGUACUGGAUCGUCGCGCGCCAAAGGAGACGAAAAUACCAAGAAAAUACGAAAGCCAAAGCCUUGGAAGCAUUCAGAACCAAUAACAAGAGCUCAACUUAAACAGAUGCGUGAUGAGUUCUGGGACACAGCUCCACACUACGGUGGCCGAAAGGAGAUUUGGGAUGCACUCCAAGCUGCUGCAGAGGCUGAUUUAACCCUUGCACAAGCAAUUGUGGACAGUGCUGGUGUCAUUGUUCAAGCCCCUGACUUGACAAUUUGCUAUGAUGAGAGAGGUGCAAAGUAUGAGUUGCCCAAGUAUGUUUUAAGUGAGCCGAAUAACUUGAUUCAUGAUAGUUGACAAUGGAGAAAUUGAUUAUGGUGAUUUGAGACUGUAAAUCAUGUAAAUUAGGUCCAUAUUGUUCUGUUUCUAAAAUGCAUUCUGCUAUAGUUUUUCUUGGGAUAACUUUGUUUGCACACCACACUUAAUCUCAAUACACCAUUAUUGUGGUUCGGAUAUCAACUUUGGAAUAAAAACCAGUUGUUCGAACAAAAAUCCUAUUCAAUAGCUGAUAUUUGGAUAAUUGAUUUUUGUUCAAAAGUUGAUAUCCAAUCAGUUGUUCUUUGUUUGGAAAUGGUGUGUAUUGAGAUAAAGUGUAGUGUACAAAUAGAAUUACCCUUUUGCUUGAUACUCAUUUAGUCCAGUGAGUUGGCUCAUACCAAUGUUUCUGUAAUGAAAAAUAGCUACACACAUCAUGGAUUGUUUUUGGAUAUAUAUUACUGAAAUUUGUUGCAUGACAAUUCUUGUCAAUGAAUAUAUUGUUGUUCAAGAUUCUCACAA